AAGCUAAUUUCUAAAAGAGAAAAGUAGUGAGUUAGUUGCAGCUCAGCAUAUUGGAGCGUACCUUUCGUGCUUUAUUCAGAUGAAAGAAUCACGCAGGGGUACCCAUGCCUUUUUGAUUAGAUGCACACAGCAAACUUUAGGUCCCCUUCAAAGAUCCUUGGGCCGUGUGAAGCCAGGAGCAACUCCACAUUGUCAUCAGAAAACAAAAACCAAACUCUUUUUCUCAGAGCCUGACUCCUUUGCCCAGCUCCCCCCUCCCAUAUUUGUAUAUAUUUCGAGAGGAGAGUCAGGCUUAGUUUGUUCAUAAACUGCAGUUCCUGGGCGGACCCCACGCACAGCUGGGCUUUAGCGGCUGGAUCCGCCUUCCCGGCAAGCCUGGUUGGGAGCCUCGCAAACUCGGGGCUCCGGGCUUGACAGCAGAAUCGCAGGAGACUGGCUCCACCGAAGGAAGAUGAAUUGGUCAAAGCCGUGAAACCGGGUUUCUUGUUGCUAGUGGGAUCCAGAAAUGGGUUACCGAAGGAGUCUGAGUCUGCUUCCCUUACUGCUGCUCUCCUUUUCCUGCAGUGCCAGCGCUCGCCGCAGCCUGAAGACCAACCUGUGCAAGUGGUGCGACUCCACUUCUCCUGCCUGUGAGGAGAAGGUGUGCUACAGCAACUGCAACCUCAACUCCUACUGUGAGGACCCCUACGAGAUCUGUGUGGCCAUAUGGAGACAGGACAAUGAGAGCAUCAGGAUCAGCACACUCUGCCACAACCCCCACCGCCCCAUCGAGAACCUCAUGGUCCCCAACUACAACACCUCUCGCUGCAUCAUGGCCCCCCAGCCCAGCGAGGACGGGGUCAUGUACAUCUGCGGCUGCGUGGAUGAGCAGGAGUGCAACGACAAACUCAUCUUUGAAAACCACACCAACGGCUACUCCAUGCUGCAGAGCAAAGAGGUGAUCCCGGUGGCUGCCAUCAGCCUCCUGCCCCCGCUGCUGGUGGCGGUGAUGAUCACGGUGAUAUUUUACCUCUGCCGCACGCAGAAGCGGCGCAAGAGAGCCAAGGCGUGGGGUGGGAAACCGGGACAGCCCCCGGCGCUGCCGGAGCCAGGGAGGGCGACGGAGCGGGAGGAGAAGUUGUCCGUGCUGAUGGAUGAGAGCCCGGCCGGCGCCAGCCCCAGCUGCACCAGCAGCCGCCCCACGGAGCUGCUCCCCAUCGAGCUGGACGAGAUGGUGGGCAAAGGGCAGUUCGCGGAGGUGUGGAGGGCCAAGCUGAGCCACAGCCGCUCGGGGCAGUACGAGACGGUGGCCGUGAAGAUCUUCCCCUGCGAGGAGUACUCCUCCUGGAAGAACGAGAGCCAGAUCUUCACCGACACCAGCCUCAAGCACGACAGCGUCCUGCAGUUCCUCACUGCCGAGGACCGGGGCACAGGGCCCCGCCGGGAGUACUGGCUCAUCACCGCCUACCACAGCCGGGGCAACCUCAAGGACUACCUGUCCCGCCACGUCCUGAGCUGGAUGGACCUGCAGAAGAUGGCGGGCUCCCUGGUGAGCGGGGUGGCCCACCUUCACAGCGACUACACCGCCUGCGGCCGGCCAAAGAUCCCCAUCGCCCACCGGGACAUCAAGAGCACAAAUGUCCUGGUGAAGAACGAGCAGGAGUGUGUGCUCUGCGACUUCGGCAUCGCCAUACGCCUCGACCCUUCCCUCACAGUGGAUGACUUUGCCAACAGCGGGCAGGUAGGCACUGCCAGGUACAUGGCCCCAGAGGUCCUGGAGUCCAGGGUGAAUCUGGAAGACCUGGAGUCUUUCAAGCAGAUGGAUGUCUACUCUAUGGCCCUUGUUUUGUGGGAAAUGGCCUCCAGAUGUGAAGUGGUAGGAGAGGUAAAGAAUUAUGAGCUGCCUUUUGGGUCGAAAGUCCAGGAGCAGCCCUGUGUGGACACCAUGAGGGACAUUGUGCUGCAUGGCAGAGGCCGACCUGAGAUCCCAAGCAGCUGGCUGGUGCACCAGGGGAUGCGCUUUCUGUGCGACACCAUCACGGAGUGCUGGGACCACGACCCCGAGGCUCGGCUCACUGCCCACUGCGUGGCCGAGCGCUUCAACCUGAUGGCACAGAUGGACUGCGACGACAUCCUCAACAACAACACGGACAACGAGGCCAGCAAAACAGCUUCUCCAGGUGGGGAGCACCAGGACAGCGAUGGGAGCACGAAUAUGCAGUGACACAGCAGGCAAAAACCCUCAUAACGAGGAACAAGAGGAUGAGGGAGAAGCAUUUAGCCCAUGAGGGGAAAAAGAAUCACCUCGCUGUGUUUUUCAAAAUGGAACUAAGAUCUAGUACAUAACUUAUUUAUAAGAUCUGUUUCCUCCCACAGAUACAGUGACCUGUGGAAUCAAUACUUUGGUUACAGUGCAACAUUAUAUAUGAACUGAUUUUGUACUUACUUUAAAUGUAUAAUGAUGCCAAAGCAUUCUUUUUAUUAUUUUUUAAAAUAAUAAUGUUUAAUCUUUUAUUAAUAAGCACCUGAAUUCCAUGUCUAUCUUUUUUAAGUCCUUGUAUACUGCCCUCGUGAGUUUCUUUUCCAACUGCUUAAUCUGCAGAGAACAAGACAAUUUUCCUUUUUUAAUGGCCUACACACACACAAAACCCCUGUUGUAGCAGCAAAAAAAACAUCUUGAAAUGUAAUAUACCCUCAAUGGAAGAAACACUGGCACACAAGAAAAUUAUUCAUUGAUCAGAGUCCUUAACAUUGUGCAAAGAUACACAAUAAUCCACUCUGCAAAAGCCUGAUAUGCUGCAACUCCAACACACCUUUUCUCACUGGUGAAUUCCUGAGUGUCCUUGAUAGUUCAGGUGAAGUUUCUUUGAUAGAAAUGUGAGUCACCAGUGUAGACACCGCUGCUUCACACUAAAAUCUCCCCAUGCAGGGUAUCUAGACAACUCCUUCCCCCAUCAGACCAGUUUCCAGCCUCCUCUAGCCAGAUCUGUGCUACAGUGUCAACACAAAAGUGUUGGCUAAUUCUUCUUGCAACUCUCGCACCCCUCUGCUGAGUUACCCCCCCUGAGGAAACUCAAUAAGACAGAACUCAGACCUUUUAUUCCCAUAAUCACCACACCAAGCCAGGCUGCCUCUAUUCUGGAAAGCAAUUAAGGAAAGGUAAGUAAUAACUUGCUCUGAACCCUGGCACUGUGCAAAUUCCUCCACCCUUGGGAGCAAAAGGGAAUAGAAACCGUAAGUGAUCCUAAGCCCUGCACGCCCAUACCUGACACCUACACAGAGGUGUAUCUUUCAGGAUAGCACUGGAGAGGAAUUCCUGGCUUGCCACCACGCAGCUGCAUGGAUCAGCCCUGAAAGAGGGGAAAGGAGCAAACUGUACAGUAGCCAUGAGCUUUCUACAGCCGAGGCUCCCCAGUGUGGAGCAGGGAAGCAGAUCUGCAGGGCUGGUUUGGUUUACUAAAAUGCUGUGACAGCACCAACCCAUACAAAAAGCUUUUCUUCUCUAGCUAUUGUUUCCACCUCUUUGGACUGUUUCCACAGCUCCUAAAUUAAAAGCCUAGAACCAAAUUGUCCCUAAAUCCUUCAAAGGACAGAAGGGGAAUGAACUAGGUUACAUGAAAUUUAAAUAACAAAAAAUUUGCUUAGCUACCACAUAUAAAUCUCCACCUGCAACUGUGGCCACACCUGUCAUUCUCACUAAUCUUCACCUGGCUGUUACCUCCUGUCAUUUUACAAUUUUUCAAGUUAACCCUUUUCUCUUGAAUCACAUCAUCCCCAGUUCCCCCACAAAUACACUUUUUCCACCCACCUGACUUCAGUCUCAUUUCCUUAAUACAUUUAACCACUGCUCUAGUCUAUGGGGCAGCUUUUCUGUCAUGAAUAUAAAAAACACAGGAACACACCAAACUCCCCUCAGGCUGUCCAAUCUUUCCUUCUCAUAAUAUUUCAUGCAGAGUUUCCGUACCAAGUUUUGUACCAAGUUGUUUGGAUACACUGAUAAAUAUGUUUACUUGGUCUUCCAAGUUCGGCUCAAGAGGCUUUAAAAGGCACUCUGACCUGUUUUUCCCACAGAUGACAGGGACAGAGGGACCAGCCUGUGCAAACCAGACACUUGAAAGCUGCAUCUGAUUCUGAUGGCUGAAAUCCAGAUUUUCCUAGGGAGACAGACUUCAUCCUAGGCUUGAUAGUUUACACUGUAAAUAUGCUGAAAACUUAAUCUAUUCUCCUGCCUUUUGCCUAAAACCUUGAACAACCCAAUUUGCAUAUUGCAUUUUUUUCAUAAAACACAAAUCCAUCAGGAUCACAUGCCUGAAUGCCUGCAUUAAAUAGGAGUGACUUGUCACACUCUGUUUUCCAUGAGCAGCAGGCUGCACAGUACCUCUGAAGAAAGCCACUUAUUUAAGUUCCAAGAGCUGUUUACAAUUCAGGGAGCCUAAAACCACUGAGAUCAAUCAGAACUUUGCUCUUAAAUUCAGUGGAGCCCAAUCAGGCCAAAAAGACAGAAGGGAUCAUAAGCCAAAGUCCUACAUUUUGCCAUGCUCCCUGUUGAACACACUGUGGUUCUAGCAAAUGUCUACAUAGGAAGCAGCAGUGAGCGCUUCCCUGCUCUCCAGAAGGUACAAGAUGGAAACAACAGCAGUUAUGCAAGAGAAUCAAAUCUGGUCAGAGUUAAAAAUACAUCCAUUAGUCCGCAGGGUGCUUGCAACUCCCAGAAGAAUCACAAUUACAAUUUAAGCUGGAUGUACGGUGGCUAGUUGUUUUUUUAUUUAACUGUUUUCAACUAUGUCCUUUGUUUUGAGAAGUAGAAAUCUGCAUCCUAACUAAAUCCACAUCAGGAACCAUUCCAGUUCUGGUGAUCAUCUGAGCAAAGGAAGGUUUUACCUUCUUUUUUCCUAGCAGCAUCUCCAUGUUAAAAGAAAUCAUUUCAUGCGUUUUAUAAAGCUACUUCUUCAGCAUUGGGUUUAUUUUUACACAACAAAAUUAGUAACAGCUUUCCUAGUGUGAAACCACAAGCAUACCAGAUGAGGGAGGAAGAGAAAUAACUUGACUGAUAAUGUUAUAUAAGGAACACAAAUGGGUUUAUGGUCAACAUAGGAGCUUUUCAGUCUGAUUUACAGCCAUUACCUUGACAAAUUCCCAAAUCAAAAUUUUAAGCAGAGCUCAGUGACUGAGUCAUAAGUCUCUAUUUUAGUAAGCACAAGUUUGAUCCCUGGAGUAUGCUCAGCUGAAAAAGGUUUAUUUUUGCUCUGAUCACUGCAAUAUUAAAAGCUGGACCUUGCACCACAGCCCUUUCUGUUUGUUUAAAUCAAAUGUGCCAAGUGACACAGAUAAAAUAACUAUGAAACAUAUAUUUAUUUUGUUUCUCUACCACCCCCAGUUUGGUGCAGGUACCAACAAACCAUGGAAGAAAUUCAUGUUACACUACGAUUCCUACCCCAAAUCCUGGAAUAGGCUAGGAGUGCACCCCAAAUAUGCCACAGAUCCAGAAACAAGGAGGAACUAAUCCCACUGUUUUAAUUUUUAUUUUUAUUCCUGGUUAAACAUGAAAAUGCGCAGUGGAUAUCCAAAACUAUCAUAACAGGAUGGUUGGAAAGAAUAUCACAAAUAAGACAAGUAGGGCCUAAAACAUUCUUCUGCUGGAGAAUAUACUUCCUACUUGAGCACACAGUGCCAAAAUAUCCCACUUUUGGGACCAAGGAAAGCCCAGACAGAUCUCCAGCGUAAAAGAUAAUAACAACCUACUCUUUCCAGUCACCUGAUCUCUAGGAAAGCAGACAGAACAAAUGAAUCAUUUUGUAGCUUUAUUAUCCCCCCCACUUCUCACAAACGGACUAUGACUCGCAUUGAGAUCUCAGUGCAUUUCACAGCAAAAAAAAAAAUGUACAAGAGGAUCAAAACAGUUGUGCAUAAACCCAACUCCUUUUUUUUUUUGCAUGAUUUACAGUUUGUGUUGAAAGUUAACAUGGUUAUUUAAACCUUCUGAUGCAUUCUUACACUUGCAUCUCCUCUAUGGAAAACAUCUUACCAGAUCACACACUUGUGAGUUCUCACGAUGCUGGAUCAGGUGCAGCCAUUGCAAUGGCUGGGAAGUGGCAGAUAAUGUUAUAUACACUGAUUGGAAGACUACAUCAGAAGAAAAAACAGAGUAAGGCACCACUGUUGGAAAAAUUAAGGUAGCUUGUAGUUACAACAAUAACGAAAGCCAUAAUAAGUACUAUUCUUAAUUGCCAGCAAUUCUUAGACUUCAAUAAAAUAGUUAUUAAAAAAAAAA